CUUGAUUAUUCUUGAACGUCGCCAUACCCGACAAUCACCCACUCAGCACUGGACGGACCUUCGUUGACCUCUGUCCAGACAACGUGUGAUCCCCAUUGCAACAGAGGUGGUCAAACCCUUCAUUGUUUCGGGCGCUUUCGCGUCUUGAGAAUCAACACACCCAUGUCAUCAACUAGGCAGAUCACUCUUCAGCAAUGACCACGAAUGGCCACGUUUCCAGUAUUGACUCUGGACAAAAUGCUGUCGAUGUGUACGACGCAAAUUCCGUUGCGGAAAUCCGUGAUGCUUUGGCCAAACUUCACCAAAAAGAGGCUUCGGUGACUUCACAGCUGGAUACAUUAAUUGACGCGCAAAAGGAUCUGCAACGAGAGCUCGGUCGAUUGGAUCUGUUCCGCGUAAAUGCCACAUCUCAGGCUUCCAAAGCUCGAGCAGUCAGCAAUGGCAUGCUUUCAGAUGCGGCCUCAAACGCGAAACGGAUCUCAAACUGCGUGAAGCAGCUCGAUCUAGAGCAGGAAAGAGUAAAGGCCACGUUGACCGUGGUUGAACAGGUCGGCGAGCUGAAAGCUUGUGUGCUCGGUGUGGCAGGGUCCAUGGGGGCAGCCCAAGAUUGGGAGACAGCAGCCAGCUACCUCAGUCGGGCAUCCAAGAUCCCCAGCGAGGUCAUCCAUGGUUCAUUCGCGGCGAGAAUCGUCCCUACAGCCGAAGUACCCGAUGCACCAGCAGUCACCCUGGAAUCGGCGUCAGAAUCAUUGUGCAAUUUGUUUCUGAGAGAAUUUGACAAGGCUGUCAAGGACAAUGACGGUACAAGAAUCACCAGGUUCUUCAAACUCUUUCCGCUCAUCAAUCGAUCCGAUGUCGGUCUUGAUGUGUAUGGUCGAUACGUCUGUCAAGGGGUUGCUGCUCGUGCGCGCAAUAACCUCAAUGCCGGUACUGGUGGAAACCAGAGCAAAGACGGCUACUUCUACGCAAACGCUCUGACAAGGCUUUUUGAACAUAUUGCACAAAUCAUUGAUGGCCAUGGAGGAUUAGUUGAACGACACUACGGCCCAGGGAAGAUGGCUAGAGUGAUCGAGCGGCUACAAGUCGAAGCAGACCUACAAGGUGGCAUCAUUCUGGACACUUGGAGUGAUGAGCGUCGAAUCGAUCGCCAAUUGACUGACAUCAAAUCCUACGCUUUUACCUUCUUGGUCCAGAGCUUCAUGCCAGCUCAGCGAGGGUCGGCCGGCACUCCACGUGCCAACUCCCCUGCUCCGGGCAGCUCAAGCGAGGAUGAGUCAGUGGACAUGAAGCAGGUGGACCUUCUGCUCAACGAGAUGACCCUCAUGUUGGGUAAAUGGUCCCUUUACACCAAUUUCAUCAGCGACAAAUGUCGGAGCCCCACAACAACCGCAGAAGAGCCCACACCCAUGCCACCCUUCUUGGUCAACUCAAGUUUGACGAAGAAAGUCCAAGACAAGCUAAUCUCCCCGUUCAACAUAAUGACGACGUUCUUCUUUCGGCGAUCUGUGGAGAAGGCCUUCCAGCUGGACGAGCAGCCUUCAGAUCUAUCUCUCAACCCGCACAAACCUCUCAACUCGAACCCACCACAUAUUACCUCCGCCAUCGAAGACAUCAUGUACAUUGUCAACAAAGUGUUGCAACAAUCUCUAGCGACCUCGCAGAAACCCGUGGUGGGCAACAUCAUUCCGACACUCGGAAGAGUCUUGGGAUCGGACUUCAUUGGCAUGGAGCAGCGCAAGAUGCGUGAUGAAAGCUACCCCAAAGCCGCUAUGCAAGGUCAACUACCACCCGAGAGUAUCAUCGUCUCGUUUCUAGUCCUCAUCAACAACCUCGACGUGGCAAGAGACUAUGUCGAUCAAAUUGUUCAUGCACGUCUCGAGCCCGUAGCAGGUUCACCCCAUCGACCCCUCGACGACCUUUUUCCUGAGCCUGGAGACGCCGAGUCCAUCGCGUCCACGCUAAAGUCGUUCUCCGCCACAUUCUCAGAAAAGACAAACGAACUGAUAUCCGACGGUGUGCAAGUCGUGUUCCACAACGUCAUGAAACCUCGUCUUCGGCCGAUCUUGAUGGACGCUUUCCGCGACACAGACUACCAACUCACACGUGAGCAGCUGCAAGACAUAGCGCAGGAGAUGGACGGUGACGCCGAGACCACAGAUGGUCUGUCAGACGAAGUACGAAUGCGCUUUCAAUUGGGAUGGGAUGCCCUGACAAAGCCAAUUGGGCGGAUCAUGACAGACCGCACGUUCGACCAGCUACUCACCAUCGUUGUCACUUAUCUGAGCAAGAUGAUCGAGAAGCGUCUAUGGACGUACCACGGACGAGUUAACGAGGUGGGCGCCGCAAGGUUGGAGCACGAUGUCAAUGAAAUCAUCAAGGUGGUUGUCAAGGGGCAGAAGUACAGUUUCCGAGAGUCAUUCUUGCGUUGCAGCCAGAUAUGCAUGAUUAUGAAUAUGGAUGACGAUGAGUGGGAAGAAUCUGUUGGUUCUGGGGGAGACUUUGCGGACAAACUCAAGCCCGAGGAGCGUGUUAGGGCGAGGAACAUGGUGAAAGAAACUUAUUAG